UUGGCCCCUGAACAACUGGUUUCCUCUUGGAGUCUGGGAGGAGCAGAGCGGGGCCGGCAGGGAGCGACCCAGGACCAGCGGGACGGCGAGGGCAGGGGCGCCCGGCUGGAGGGCCCGGGGCAGCGAGCGAGCGCGCGGCGCGAAGGAGGCCGUCGAGAGCGCGAGCAGCCGGGGGCGCCGGGCGGGCACUACGAGAGGACCCCGGCGUUCGGGCUCCCCGUGCCAGCGCCAUGAGGCCGCUCUUCGCCCUGCUGCUCUUGGGCCUGGCGGCCGGCUCGCCCCCGCUGGACGACAACAAGAUCCCCAGCCUGUGUCCGGGGCACCCCGGCCUUCCGGGCACGCCGGGCCACCACGGCAGCCAGGGCCUGCCUGGCCGCGACGGCCGAGACGGCCGCGACGGCGCGCCCGGAGCUCCGGGCGAGAAAGGCGAAGGCGGGAGGCCGGGACUGCCGGGGCCGCGCGGGGAGCCCGGGCCGCGAGGAGAGGCGGGACCCGCGGGGGCGACCGGUCCUGCGGGGGAGUGCUCGGUGCCUCCGCGCUCCGCCUUCAGCGCCAAGCGGGGUGAGAGCCGGGUGCCUCCGCCGUCCGACGCGCCCCUACCCUUCGACCGCGUGCUGGUGAACGAGCAGGGACAUUACGACGCCGCCACCGGCAAGUUCACCUGCCAGGUGCCCGGGGUCUACUACUUCGCGGUCCACGCCACCGUCUACCGGGCCAGCCUGCAGUUCGAUCUGGUCAAGAAUGGCGAAUCCAUCGCCUCUUUCUUCCAGUUUUUCGGGGGAUGGCCCAAGCCAGCCUCGCUCUCAGGGGGCGCCAUGGUGAGGCUGGAGCCCGAGGACCAGGUGUGGGUGCAGGUGGGCGUGGGUGAUUACAUUGGCAUCUAUGCCAGCAUCAAGACAGACAGCACCUUCUCUGGAUUUCUGGUGUACUCUGACUGGCACAGCUCCCCAGUCUUCGCUUAGUGCCCACUGGAAAGUGAGCUCGCGCUCUCUCACUUAGAGGGUGUGACACUGACAGCCACAUCGUCCGGGAGGGCUGGCCCCCCUGGAACAUUGUGAAUGACUAGGAGGUGAGGUAGAGGCCUUUCAGUCCUGCGGCUGGCAAAGAAUGGGGACAGAGGCUGUCUGAGGUCAGGGCUGACGGCAUGGGGCAGUGACUGGAUUUCUGCCCAAGACCAAAGGCGUGUGCUGUGCUGGCAAGUGUGGGUACCCCAGCUGCUCUGGCCCAGGACCCCAAGGUGGGGUGCUCUCUUUCUGGUCUUCUGCUUCUCUGGGUCCUCCUCCAUCCCACCUCCUCCCAAGGCCGGCCCUUUUCUCAGAGAUCACUCAAUAAAUCUA